AGCUCAGUACGCGCCGUGCCACGGUCGGGGAACAUCAACAAUGGCUGUAACGCGGCUUCCAUACUGCGUUUCCGUUUAGAAAUCCUCUGAUCGCGAAUUGAGAAUGGCGGAAUGAAAAGCUGAGGAGACUUGCUGCCUGUCCACACGGGCACUCCACACCCACAGUCUGCAACCCGUACCUUUCCGUUUCGAGGGGAUGCUGCCCCAUGUAGAACCACACACUGUGAAUGUGGCAGUGCAGGUGUAAACAGUGGCAUGGAGGUCGUGACGUCACCAAGCAGGCUGCGGGACUUGUGCGGCCGGCGGACCGCCCCGGCCUUGGCUGCCACUGGGUUGUCAUGGCAACCGAACCGCAGCGUCACCCGACGGACCGCCCGAAUAGCCAGGGAAGUGUAUAGCGUCUGGUAUGGUCGCGUUGGCUCGACAAACCAUGUUCCUUCAGAAAAAGUUCAGCAACUUUUUAACGAUAUGCAGCUAUAUCCUUCAAAAUCGCAAGUGUACGAGAUGCUUCAGUGUGCGAAGGAGUGUGCGAACAGGAGUUCGGCGUGCUACCUUACGUUCGGCGAGUUCUGCAUUUUCGCUACGGAACUCAAGAGGUGCUACGAAAGAGGGAUACCCAGGCCUGUACAACUAUCCAGAUUGCUGGAGAAAGAUGGAGAAGAUAAGAAGAGAAGGAACAGGAAAAUGUCAAAGGGCAUUCCGAAGUAUGAAGUAUUUCUGGGAGGAUCAUGUAAUCCAACUACAUGGCGGCAAGACACAGCAAUCCCAAUGCUUAAGAGACUUGGAAUCACCUAUUACAAUCCUCAAGUUUCACAUUGGGGCCCAGAGCUUAUUGAACUGGAAUACCAGGCGAAGCAAAAUGCAACAGUGUUGUUCUUCGUUAUUGACAACCAGACGCGGAGCAUUGCAUCCAUCAUUGAGGCAGCUCAUAUUUCUGGAAAAAGGCGGAAACUUAUCUUGGUCAUACAUACCUACCAAGGACCUGGUCAGAAGAUAUGGGGCGAACCAAUUUCGGAAGAAGAGUAUGAUGACCUUACUACAGGUCAAAUGAUGCUACAAGAUCUAGUUGAACGUCAAGGAAUACCAGUUUUUGAGAGUAUACCAAUUGCACUCAACUGCACUGCAAAAGUGUUGCGGGACAACAUUAGUGUGCAAGAUUUAGGCUUGAAUGAUUUUGCUCAACCUGUCAAAAUGGCCCAUGUUCAGCUAGGUGACAAACUUAUAAAGCUGAAAGAAGCAUUCGAUGCCCUAGACACUGAUAAUACAGGAGAGAUCAGUCUGGCAGAUGUUUGCAUGGCAUUUAGGAUUCUUACUGACCGAAAACUUUGUCUCUCGGACAUAAGGAAUAUCUUGGCUACUCAGACAGGUUUAAUAGGAGAUGACGUAAAGGAUGUACCCCUGGAACAAAUAAAAGUAAACUUUGAGCAGUUUUGUGCUAUCGUAGCAGAAUUCAAGUUUUGUGAAAGUGAGGCUCAGAAACUUUGGGACUUAGUCCUAGCCAAAACCACUCGCCUUCUUCAAGCAUUUGUUACUUCUGUGGUGAAAUUACUAGAGUGGGCGAUGUCAUCCAGGCCACUGAGGUCCCUACCUCUUGGUGCUGCUGCAAACGGUCAAAACAGUUCAGUAAGGGAUGUUUACCUUGGAGGCUCAUGCCAUAACACAACAUGGAGAGAGGAUAUAGCAAUUCCAAUGCUGAAAAAGAAUGGCCUAACAUACCACAACCCUAAAGUUGGUCAGUGGAGUAAAAGACUCAUUCCUUUGGAGGCAGCUGCUAUGGACAACAGUUACGUUCUUUUGUUCAUAAUCUCAAAUACCUCGCGUUCUGUUGCUGCUAUGGCUGUGGCUGCUCACUACAUUGGAUUGGGCUGCAAUGUUGUAUUGUGUGUACAACAUCUGGCAGAUGACUGUGUACUGGGCAGUGACAAACUUUCAAAGCAAGCAGUGAAGGAUUACAACAGAGGGCGGAUGUACCUGUCUGACUUAGCCAACAGGGAAGGCGUACCUGUGUAUGAUUCUAUUCCUGAAAGUGUAGAGUGUGUUAUCCAGAAGUGCAAUGCGCGAUAGCACAAGCUCCAACUGCAAUUUGGCAGUGUUCAAACUUCAUGACAGGUGUUCCUAAGUCAACCAGUGAGCCAAUUGAAAAGUGUUACCACAGUGAUGCAGCUAUAAAAGUGAAUUGAAGAGUCUUAAUUUAACAGCUAUCAUCCCCGAGACAGGUGUGUUGUGGUACAGUGUGCGGGUGCUCUCAGCAGAGCUGCCAUUCUGCUGCAAUCAGUGGGCUUCAGUAACUGUUUUGUAUGUUGUGGUAUUAGCCGUAACUAUUUGCAUCUCACAAUCUGAAAAUGUGUGCCAUUAUAUUGAAUUGAAGUAGUGAAUAUUUAUUCAGAAAGAGCAAGGUGACAUCACGUGGUUGAGAUUUUGUGCUGUCUUGAUACUAUAAAAGAAGGUAGUGCUAUUAAUUUGAUGAAACAUCUCAAACUGCCAUUAUUCAAUAAUUCAAAUGAUUGGUGUUUCUGUGGAAACAUUGUUUUCGGUUUAUAGAUGUCCGUACUGUGGGAAGAGAUUUUAUUGGUAUUUUUUUAAAAAGCAGCUAUUUUUAAAGUUUUUUUUUCUCUAACAUCGAGCUUUAAGACAGUGACCUGCAUGUUUGGGGAAAAAUCUAAAGAACAAAGGAUGAGUGUUAGUAUGCCCACUGUCUGUACUAAUACGUCAAGACACUAUCCCAUCAUGGGGUACCUCACUGCUCACAUUUUACUAAUGCAGUUUCAAAAUUGAGGCAUCACAUUUAUACAUCAGUAUUGUUUUUGAUUCUCCUUACAUUUUGGUACAUGCACUACUUCACUCAGUCACUUCCAUACAUUUCUUCCUAAAGAACUGUCUUUUAGCUUAAAACCAGAUGUGCAGAUUCCUAACUUGUAAUAAAUUAUUUAUUAUAUUUAUACUUACAUAUUAGGGGACUAAUGGUAUCUACUUAAUCAUGUUAAACUUGAAUUCUUCCUUCAUUUCUUUCCUCUUUUUUUUUUUUCCUUCAUUUGAAUGUGAAAUUUUAGCUUCGGCAGCUUGUUCUCUGGCAGUGCCUCUGUACAAACUGUUAGUGUAGCUACCUCAGGAAGACAAGUGAGUAGGAUAUGGAAAACAUUCAUGAUGCUAAUUAGUACUAGUGUUCCACUCUACACUUGCCCAUUAUUAAUAGGCCAGAGAAAGUUCAGUAUUUUACAGAAGUGAGUGACUUUUCAGGAACUGUGAAUCAUUUAAUUGUUGGGAUAAUUGAGGGAUUAAAUUAUUUGUGUUAAUCUUAGCAGAAAUUGACAUCACAUAGUUAUGAUAAGGGUUUCCCCUUUCAUUAAAUUUUUUAUGGUUCAGAUUCCUAAUAAUUUGACUUUAAUACAUUGUUAGAUUCUGGUCUAGUACACUUAAUUCUCUUGUAUAAUACAAAUUUGAUGAUGUGUUUUGUAGUAUUGGUAACUAAUCAGAAUCCCUAUAAACUUCCCUCCAACUACAGUCAGCAUGAAUUUGGUUAUAGUUCUGUGUGAAAGAAAGAAACUUAUGUAUUCAAAGUUAACUUUUAUUAGAAAAACUCCUAACCCCCCCCUCCCCCCCUCCCCCCCCCCCC